AUGGAUCCUUCCCCGGUCGGCCAGGAAGCACGUCGGUUGUGCGCGGUGACCGGCGGCCGGGGAUUCAUGGCGAGGCACCUGGUCGCGGCGCUGCUCCGCUCCGGAGAUUGGCGCGUGCGGAUCACCGACCUAGCCCCCAAUGUCACCAUGGAGCCCGACGAGGAUGAUGGGCUCCUUGGCGCCGCCCUCCGUGACGGCCGCGCCGCCUACAUCUCUGUCGACGUGUGCCAAUUGGCCCAGCUCACACAAGCUCUGGAAGGGGUAGAUACUGUUUUCCACACUGCUACCGCGGAUCAGAUCAAGAACAACUUCCAACUCCAUUACAAGGUCAACGUCGAGGGGACAAAGAAUGUCAUCAAGGCUUGUAACACAUGCAAGGUUAAGACACUCAUAUACACUAGUUCCAGUGCAGUUGUAUUCGAUGGAGUUCAUGGCCUCUUUGGUGCAGAUGAAUCAACACCAUAUCCAGAUAAGUUUCCUGAUGCAUACACACAAACCAAGGCAGAAGCCGAAAAACUGGUGAUGAGAGCCAAUGGAAUAGAUGAGCUUCUCACUUGUUGUAUACGUCCUGGCUCCAUCUUUGGCCCUGGUGACGCAAUAGUGCCAACUUUAGUUUCUUACGGAGGAAUGAUGAUCAUUGUUGGUGAUGGCAAGAAUUGUGAUGAUUUUGUAUAUGUUGAGAAUGUGGUGCAUGCUCAUAUAUGUGCCGAGAAAACCCUUUCUACCAAAGACGGUGCAAAGAGAAGUGGAGGCAAAACCUACUUUAUAACUAAUAUGGAGCCAGUGAAUAUGUGGGACUUUAUUUACAUGGUUUUGGAAGAAGUUGGAUACAAAAGCCGUUUCAGAUUAAGAAUACCUUUAUGUCUUCUGGAGCCGAUAACAUUUGUGGUAGACUGGAGCUAUAAUAAUAUAUUCUCGCACUAUGGAAUGCGUCAACCCAGCAUGCUAACAUCCACAAGAAUUAAGUAUGUGACCCUCAAUAGAACAUUCAAGUGCAACAAUGCUGUUGAACAACUUGGUUACAAAGCAAUAGUGUCACUCAAGGAGGGAGUAAACAUGACUACCGAUUUCUACAAGCGCUUAAGGGCGCGAGAUAUGCACAUUUCUAUUUGA